AUGAAACUUGCUGUCACCCUUGCCCUGGUCACUCUGCCUUUCUGCUGCAACCCUGCUCCUGCAGACUGCUUGAGCUUUCUCAGUGUCAUUAAAACCCUCUUCAUGGGCAUGCUUUGCAAGUAUGAGGCCACAAUUGAACUUUUCAGCCCUGAUGCAGACAUGAGAGAUGCAGCGAUGGCGAUGAAGAGGCUGGUGGGCACCCCUCCCCAGCAGGCCAAGGAUAGCAUCAUGAGGCCCAUGGACAAAAUACUAAAAAGCCCACUGUGUGCUUGGGGUUGGGAAGCUGAAGACCACCAGCUGCUGAAGCCCCUGCCGAUACCUGCAGGCUGCCUUCCCUCGGUCCUCAUCAGCCCGGCCGGGCUCCCUCCCAUCAAGUACAAGCAUCUUUGUGCCCCUGUCUCUUUUUUUAUUGACCAGCUAGAGUGA